CAGAGAAAGUCAAAGUACCGGAAAUAAUUCGAGAACUCCUAAUGCUGCCGGAAGUGGGGCGGAAGUGUUUUGCUGCUGCCGACGGAAGUGGGGCUGAAGUGCUAGUCUGCUGCCGGAAGUGGCUUUGACUUGUGUUACAGUGUGUCUUUCCAUUAUUGAUGCUCACGUGUAUGCAGUACAGUGACCCUGGUAAGGUGAAUGGAUGAAUACUGAUACUAAUUGCAGGGCUCAUUCCAGCUAUUAGGAUUUAUGAACUCCUGACAGCAUAGUUAAAUCUGUGAUAGCUACAGUUUUACUGCUGUUACUUUAUUUUAUGUUGAUCUCUUGCAAUGCAGUUACACCUAGAACACCGAACUUUAAUGCAUUUUUGUUUAAGUUCGGUGUUCUAGGUUAGAGACUGAAUAAUACAUAUUAUGGGGUUCUAAGGUUGGAAUGUUACCAUUUAUGUGUAAACUCGUUUUAGGGUGAGUUCUGAAAUUGAGUAAUUCUUCCACUUGAUAAUUUUUCCACAAAAUGACAUUAAACAAGGGAAUGUUUGCUUAAAAUUUGACUAUAUGUUUCUUAAUGAUUAAAAGUGACUCUGUUACCUCACAUUCCCUAAAAUAAACAUAUGAAAUGUAAAACAACAUAUGAAAUGUAAAAGAGCUUGUGUUGAAAUUUCAUUGCAAUACCAAUGCUGUCAAACAAUAUCAUGAAACAGAGCAGAGAAUAUUUUUUUCCCUAAGUUUUGUUCCUACUCUUGACUAAAUGGGGAGCUACUGUCAUCAAGUUUUGGCCCUUCACCUGUCAUUGGCGACGACAGGAGCAAUAAUGAGUUAUUACGCAUAUUGUGAGAUAAUAUCUAUGGUGGCUCUUACAGGAUCCUCCAUAGAGAAGAUCUAAGACUACAGCACUGACAUUGCCUCCUGACAGAAGGAGACCGGAGUUGAAGAAAGGGCCUGUAUAUCUCACCUGUAGUAUCACCCCCUGGAAAGCACACACAAAGCAGCGAUGUCACUAUGAGGGGUCUUUGCAAAAUAGGCAAGACCCCAGAAAAUGACAGAGCCGCUUUAAGAAAGAUAAUGAGUUAAAAUAGAACAUUUACCGGUAAUUAAGAAAGAUUACAUGUCUGUAAAGUGCUUGUGGUGCUUGGACUGACCAUUUUACGAAAGCUGUCUUUAUUUCCUUAUUACUGAAUAUAAGAAUUCCAUGUAGCAUACCCUUGCUGUGUAUUGCUUUGUAAUCAACACAUUUAAUAACUCUUAAGCUUUGACAAUAAUGAAAACAAGUUUGUGCACAAAGGAAACCUACAGUCUCAAAAAUAACAAUUUUUUUUAUGUCUACUGGUCCCUUUUUUUGUUUCAAAAAAGACAGGAACCGCACUCCUCCACGUAGAAACCACAAGGUACAAACCGAGCCGAGGUUGGCAGAAUCUCCAGGCAAUGGUAGAAGAACAAGGAUGGUCCAGGCACUGACAGGUAACUCAAAAGGCAGGUUUAAUGCAAUAGUUUAACAAGCAAGCAGCAGAGUUUCAACCUGUAACGGAGGUCUUUGUCAAUCUUGACAAACACCCCGGUUCAAGGUUAAAACAUUGCUGCUUGUUUGUUACACUAUAUUUCAUUAAGUCUCUCAUUUAAGUUACCCCUGAGUUCCCGGACCAUCCUCCUUAUUCUAUAGGUUCCCCUCUGUCCACCCCCUUUGCUAUUAAAAAAAAGUUAAAUAAUGAUUACUUCUUUACUUUCCAUCGCUGGGAAGACUCUGCUGCAGCCGCCUACUCCACUUUUGAGGACGUCAGCAUACCUGCUGACGUCUUCUGCAAGUAUGACAGCCAGUAUAGGUGUAUUUAAUCCAACAAUAUAAACAUUGCAGUUCUUGAGAUGAAGUGGUCUGAGUGGUUCUUUAAACCUUCCGCUUGUUUUAUUAUAUAACCAAACAGCUUUUAAUAUAUGAAACAUUUAUUUUUAUUGUAAUGCAUUUUAAUAUAAGGGCAAUGUGCCCUUUUAUUAGGGCAUCCUCUACUAAGGCUGGGAUGUCUAAAUGUUACUAUUUACCUUUAGAUUGUAAGCACACAUGCUAUCUAACGAAACACUUUACUUAAAAGAGCUUCAAUGGCUAGAUCUCAGCUCGUGGGUAGGGUCAUUGUUACCUUUUGUAUUUGCUGCUGCCGACGGAAUUGUAAGUUCUCCCCUAAUUGUACAGUGCUGCCAGAUAUGCUGGCACUUUAUAAAUCCCAGUAAUAAAUAAAAUUAAAAAAAAAUUAGUUUUCUUAAAGAAAAAAACAACCUUUUCUGACAUUUCUUCCAGACAUUGAAUAUUCAAAGUAAAGCACGUGAGAUAAAUCGCAGAUGAUGUUCCGCAGGCCAACAGUAGAGGUAUGUUGGAGAAGUUUGGUAUUGCAUUAAUGCAAUGGAUCAAGUCUGAUUGAGGGACAUCAGCUCUUUCAAGAUAUAUUUUUAUAUUUAGUAAUGCAUAAUCUUUAGAAUGUUGCUGGAACUCCAGCCUCAAGUAUACCUUUUAAAACGUAACUUUUAAACUACACUUACUAAAGAGGUCAGACCUGAUUGUCGAAUUAGUGGAGCAUGAUGCUGGCAGAAGAUUAAGGGGAAUAAUUAAUUCAGGUAUGAAUACUGGUUGGAAGUCAAUAGCUGUAGAGCUUGGCCUUGUAAUACAAGCCACAAUAUGCAUAUCCUUAUAUAUGCAAGACUACCUUCAUUAGUCAUAGGAGCUAGAAGCAGUUAAGAAUCUAAGUUCAUUCCUACUUGAACAAAGGCGUGCUAGUCACUUGCCUUGCUUUAUCUGGGACAUAUUGUGCUUAGAAAGUAAGACCAUUAUACUGCUUUCUGGGAACUACACAGUCCAAAUCAGAGUGGUUUGGUACCAUAUCUACACACUCUUUGAAUUAAAGGGACACCAUAGUCACCAAAACAACUCCAAAAUGGCAGAGAAUUGAGCAGUGAGACUGCAGAGGCAUAAUCUAUAUACCAAAACUGGUUCAUUAGCUAAAGUUGUUUUGGUGACUAGAGUGUCCCUUAAAUUACAUAUUUUUUACAUUCUCAUUAUACUUGCAUCUUUAAUGAAAUUGGAUUUAUUAUCUUGCAUCUUUAAUGAAAUUGGAUUUAUUACAAUCAUUAUUUAUAUUACAUACAUGUUGUGUUUCUUUUUCAGCUGCUCCGGCAGCUUGUAAGACAUUCAUCAGUUGACUCUUCAUCCAUGGUUUUGGAAAGAUGUGAGUAUAUUAAAUGUUUUGGAGUUAAUAAUGAGCAGGUAUGUUCAUUAGUUUCUGUUCUUUAUUUUGGAAAGAUGUUUAUAUCUUUUCAACAACGCUUUUCAUCCUCAUUUCUGAGAUUGCCAUUGUGGCGAAAGUGACAUCGCCACUGGUUUUUGGAGGGGUCUGUUUGCCAGCCUCCUGCCCUGCGACUAUGGCCCUGGGAUGUAUUGCUCUUCUAGGAACUGAUUUGGGCAUAUUGUAUUUUAUUAUGCUGCUGCUGGCCCUUUAAGAACCAUCUGGGGACAUACUGUGGAGUUACUGGGUGGCCACCAUUUCAUGUAUCAGAGGCACAUGGUGAGAACAAUGGAUGAAGCACAUGGUGAGAACAAUGGAUGGCGGCCAUUUUAACUCACAGACACUGUUUUGACUUUACUACACAGUGCCAUCUCGCCGGUAUUUGGUGCACAAAGACAUCGUAUAGUAGUUUUAAACUACAGAACAGGGGACACAUUUAAAGGGACACUAUAGUCACCUGAACAACUUUAGCUUAAUGAGCAGUUUUGGUGCAUAGAACAUGCCCCUGCAGCCUCACUGAUCAAUCCUCUGCCAUUUAAGAGUUAAAUCCCUUUGUUUAUGAACCCUAGUCACACCUUCCUGCAUGUGACUUGCACAGCCUUUCAUAAACACUUCCUCUAAAGAGAGCCCUAUUUAGGCUUUCUUUAUUGCAAGUUCUGUUUAAUUAAGAUUUUCUUAUCUCCUGCUAUGUUAAUAGCUUGCUAGACCCUGCAAGAGCCUCCUGUAUGUGAUUAAAGUUCAAUUUAGAGAUUGAGAUACUAUUAUUUAAGGUAAAUUACAUCUGUUUGAAAGUGAAACCAGUUUUUUUUUCAUGCAGGCUCUGUCAAUCAUAGCCAGGGGAGGUGUGGCUAUGACUGCAUAAACAGAAACAGCGAUUGAACUGCUAAAUGACAGUCAAUUGAACAGUGAAAUUGCAGGGGAAUGAUCUAUACACUAAAACUGCUUUAUUUAGCUAAAGUAAUUUAGGUGACUAUAGUGUUCCUUUAACAGUAAUUUUUUUCAUAUAGCCUGUAUAUGUUCUGUGGAAUCUGCAUUAAACCGUAUCUUCCAAACUACUGAACGGAUCUGGGUGAAUUUUGGAUAUGUGGUUCACCCAGAUCCCCCGGUUCCGAUGAUUUUUUUUUAUGGGGUUAUUGCAUGUUUUGGGGUCCCUGUGAUAUGUUUUAUAAUACUGUAUUUCUCUGCCUGUGAUAAUUAUAUUAACCAUUGCAUUCAGUAAUCAUAUCACAGGCAGAGGGGAGGAUUUUGUGUGGGAGUGUCUGUGUAUUGUACGGAUUGAUUGGUUGUAUUUGAAAACCCUAUGGGCAGUACUAUGUUUGUAGAAUGUGAAUAAAAGAGGCUGUAUGUGCCAGUACAGUCAGUUCUUCUUCACCCUCAAUCUAGAGUCCUGGGGGAAUUGCUACAUCACUACAAGGGAUGCUCUGCAUACUCCCUUAGCUAAUCACUACUAAGCUCUUUUAAGAGCUUGUUCCUGCUUCACUCUCUUGGAGGAGAGGUUCACCCACUGGAACCUGGAGCCUUGUCGUAGGUCCAGGGUGGGUAGGAGACGGCGAGACCCCAACCAAGCUGCAGCAGUUCGUGGGGUCUGCGGUGGUUGUGGUGUCUGCGGAGCGCUUGGAGCCCUCUGUAAGCGCUAGGAGCGCUUGGAGCCCUCUGUAAGCGCUAGGAGCAAUGGAGUUACCCAGUCGGGGUGCCAGGUGAUCCAUUACAGACAUUUAUAGAAGAAGAUUGUGAUGUCAACCAUCACAAUCUUCUUCUAUAAAUAGCAAUCUCAGAAAUGAGGCUCAUAGCGGCAAUCAUUAUGGUUUUCCAGCAGAUAAUCCAAGCAAUCAUUGGAUGAGUAUGACUGUUCCUUAAAGGACCACUAUAGUGCCAGGAAAACAUACUCGUUUUCCUGGCACUAUAGUGCCCUGAGGGUGCCUCCACCCUUAGGGUGCCCCUCCCGCCGGGCUCUAGGGGGAGGAAAGGGUUAAACUUACCUCUUUCUCCAGCGCCGGGCGGGGGACUCUCGCCUCCUCGGCUGAAUGUGCAUGCGCGUCAGGAGCCGUGUGCACAUUCAGCCAGUCCAUAGGAAAGCAUUCACAAUGCUUUCCUAUAAACGCUGGCGUCUUCUCACUGUGAUUUUCACAGUGAGAAGCGCGGAAGCGCCUCUAGCGACUUUCAAUGAGACAGCCACUAGAGGCUGGAUUAACCCUAUUAUAAACAUCUCUGAAACUGCUAUGUUUAUAGAAAAAAGUGUUUAUAGAAAAAAGUGUUAAUCCUAGCUGGACCUGGGUGCCUAUAGUGGUCCUUUAAUGACAGAUUCCUGUGUACAUGUGUUUUGCAUCUUCUAUUGGUGUUUACACUGCUGAAAAGGAAUUCCUAUGAGGGACUUCGUUGUUUGGUAAAUAUGCACCUUAGUUAUACUGCCCUAUUUUGUCACCAGUCAUGCGCACACUGAAAAAAUAAAGUUUGGAGCUCUGGUUAUUUUUACAGAUUUUUAUCAAAAGUUCUAAUCACUUGUUGCAGGAUUUAUACUGUAUUUGUUUGUUUAAUUGACAUUAGUUUGAUCCCUGUCAAUACAACACAUUGUUAUCAGUAUUCUACAGAUGAAAGAAACUGAGUAGCCCUAAUAAAGUUGUAAAUAUAAUCUGCCUAUAGAAUGUAUGACAUUUAUUAAACAACACUAAAAAAAGCAAGUUUAACACCUUGAAACAAACACAAUAAGGUAGGCAGUGAAUAUAGUUUGGCUACACUCUAAAGCAGUAAGGAAAACUCAUAGGGUCAAUGUAAAAGUCAACGAACAAUAUAGCAGAUCUAAUGCCACUAGUCCGUGUGCAGUUGCUUGAUGAACAGAUUGUUCCAAGAAAUAUGCUGCCUUUAGCAUGUGAAAUUCAAUGUUGCAGGACACAUUCCAAUAAAUAACUGUAGUGCCUUGAUGGAGAGGUUGUUAUUAGCAGUAGUUGUUAGUGUUUUACAUAAGUGAUGCAAAUAGCAUGAACCUUUUGUAUAUAAAGGCAAAGUUAAAAUUUUACAUAAGAUGUAAAUGACGGUAUAUACUUUUUAAGCAUAUAGCGGUCUAUAGAACAUAAACAUUCAUCAAAUAAGCACUUUAAAAAUGUGUGUUUUGUUUUAGAAAAUUAGUAAUAAAAAACAAAAAUUGUCUGGACCUGAGUAGCAUAAAGAAUAAUAUAUGCAUAAAUGGGCUAUAAGUUGCACGGGUAUUAUGAAUCAGACCUAAUAUAUGCAUAUGUUCCUGGAAAAAAUAAUUACAUUUAUAUUAAAAAAAACUCUAAACCUUAAUAAAGACCACAUAUCUUCUUCUGGUGUUUACAUGGCCUAUACUUCCUCUAACAUCUAGCCUCCCUUAGAUUUUGUUUGUUAUAUAAGCAAGAUACACUGUUUCAUCACUAUCACUUUGGACCACAAUGAGGCAGACUACUGUUUAUUGAGAUAUAUGCUCUAAGUACAGACUAAAAUCUUGACAUGUGCUGGGUGAUCAAUAUUUUUUUGAAAUACAUAUAUACAAUUAUUGUUUGUUUUGUUCUGAAAUCUCUGUAAUUUCAGCUUUGAACAGGGUGCAGCUUCUUGGUCGAGUGGGGCAGGACCCAGUCAUGAGGCAAGCAGAAGGGAAGAAUCCUGUGACCAUUUUCUCUCUAGCAACCAAUGAGCUGUGGCGGUCAGGAGAGAGUGAGGUGUUCCAAACAGGUGAAUACAUUACUCCAAUUACAGACACAGGCACUACGUGCAAAUACAUUCCUUUAACCACAAAAUGACAUGCAACACUAUGGAUAUGCUGUUAAAGUGUUUGGCUGUGUGUUGUGACAUUAAGCCAUGAAUGUACAUCUUGAACUUUUGAGUUUGGAUAGUUACAAAGCUUGAUCGAAAAUUUAGUUCUCAAACUUUUGCAGUGCUAAGGAUCAGUGGCGACUUUAGGCUUUGCCAGGCCUGUAGUUAUAUUGAAGGAUGGGCUUGCAGCAUUGGAUACAGAGAGUUAGUCUCUGUAUUAAUUGUUCAGAGGCUUGCAGUGUCGCGGCUCGCUAUGCUGCUGCCUUUUGAGUUUUCUGAUUGUAGUUAUGUCAUAAUGUGCAAAGAGAAUUAAUUAACAAAUUUGCAAUCAUACUAGUAGUUUCUACACCAUUGUGUGGUAUGGUUCCGUAGCCGGUCAGUUGUGUGCACAUAAGUGUUGUUGUGAAGUGGUUAUACGAAACAAAAAAUGAAAAUUUUGGUUGGGCAAAAAAUUUUUUUUUUUUUUAAAUAACCGUAUCAUAGACAUUUUGCUCACGUGUUCUAUAAUCCUUUCACAUAUAUAUUAUCCUAUAUAUUCUUUGUGUUUCCCCAUGUUUUGUAUAUAUAUAUUCUAUAUGUUGCCACUUUACCUUCGUAUUCACUAUACUAGACAUAAACAAAGUCACAGGGUCGUACCCCAACUUACACAAAAUGGUGAAUCCCACAGAGUUUCUAAAUAGACAUUUCUCUUCUCACACUUUUUAAAUUUAUGAGAAAUUUUACAAACCAUGUGUGUUCCAUUACUGUAAAUACACCAGAUUUGUAUUGAGCUACUGUCCCCCAGGCUGGUAUCUAUUCCAACAGUAUUAUUUAGAGAUUUGUAAGCAGGUACCAGAAUUUUAAAUCAAACACUAUAUCUAAUGGGAAGCCAAUGUAGGGACUGACAGUUUGAAACACGUAAGACCAUUGAGAAGCGGAUUGCAGUAGUCAAGGCAAGAGACGUUUAGUGGCAUGGAUCAGCACCUUAGCCACAUGCGGCGUUAAAUAGGGAUGGAUGCGCACUAUGGUCAUGAGAUGGAAAGGGCAGGAUUUGGUGACUGAGUAGAUAUGAGGGGUGAAGGAGAGGUCAGAGUCAAAGAGAACACCUAGGCAGCGAGCCUGUGAGGUAGAGCUGAUGGUAGUGCCAUUUACUUGGUGGGAAACACACUGGAGUGCAGUGAAAGAGAAGAAGGAGAGGGUGUGAAUGAGAUAUGAGGGACUAGGAUCAAGGAAACAGGUGGUGGGCCAGGAUGACCAAAGAAGAGCAGAAACCUCUUCUGUUGUAGUGGUUGCAAGUGAGCAUAAAACAGGGGGGGGGGAGUAUUGGUAGGGAAUGGAUAGAUAUUAGAGAUCUCUUUCGUGAUUGCAGAAAUCUCAGUGUAGCAAAGUUCGUAUCGGUCAGGUUCUGUAGGAGCAGCAGCAACCACAGGGCGAAGAAAAGAGUUAAGUGUGAAAGAGGCAUUUGCAUUUGUGGGAGGUUGUGGCUAUGAGGGUAUUGAAGUCGUUUUCUUUUGCAGAUGAAAGAGCAAAGCUGUACGAGCAUAGCAUGAAUUUAUAGUGGAGGAAAUCAGAUGCAGUUCUGGAGCAUUUUUUGAGGUAUCAGGUUAACUUGGUAUGCCAAGAUUGUAGUCUGGGGAGCUUGCAUGUAGGAGGUGCCAUGAUGUCUAGUUGAGAGGGUGGAGAUGUAAGGGGAGGUUCCAGAGCAAGGGCAUGUGAGGUUUGAGAUAGGUCAAAGGAGCGUUUGGAGGUUGGUGGAGAAUCGCUGUAUGUAAAGACAAUGGAGGUUUCUGCAUUGCUGAUGUACAGAGAGUGGUAUAAUUUGGGUACAAGGUAUGCCAAUGUCAAAGGUCAGCAGAUGGAUGGCAGAUAGUGGAAAUGAAGCACUAGAUAGAUUAGAGGUGGUACUGAGACUGGUGAAAAUAUGAAGAGUGUAAGAGUUGCUGAGUUAGACCAUUGAUGGAGGCUGAAGGAGGAGAUUACAGAGAGCAGUUGAGAGGCUUCACAGCAGUUAAGUAGGGGAGAAGGAUGCUUAAACUGCCUCCUUUACAGUUGCAUCUGGGAGUGUGGGUUAAACGCAGCCCCCAGAAACAUAAAGAAGCUCAUGUAUACCUGCCUGGUUAAGGAGAACCUAUGGAGUGUAAUUAAGAUACUGCCUGCUGGCGGGGCCUGACUGCCAAGAUGGCUGGACGUGUUCCAUCUCAGCUCCUGCGCACUUGUGUUUAAUUUAAGCUGUGAACGCUGUAAUCGCACUUGGAUCUGCCUGAACUCACAGUGGACCAACACCAUGCCGAGUGGGUACUCGAGGAAGUAACCUUGAAGUUGAUCCGACGGGAACUCACAGUCCGAGCAUUAGGCUUAUCCUGCCUGGUGUGCUGCUGUUCAUGGGAGGCGGUCGAUCCCCCCGUUGUAAAGUGAGAACCACCUGUAUGUCAUAUGGUGUUUUGUUUUUUUUUGUUUGUUUUUUUACAGUGGCCUCCAUGAUGUCUGUUGAAUUGUAAAUAAGAAUUAACCCGACCCUCUUACAACAUUCAAUAAACGCUACACACAGUUUAAAAUGAAGAGUCUUAUAAGUUCUUUUUGUGUGUAUAUGAUGUUUUCUUCCAGUUUCUACUGUUAACCUGGAAGAUGUGGCUUUUUAUUUGGGACAAAAUAUGUGGGAUAGGGAAUAAUUUGAACUAACACAUGUUGUUUGUCACUGAAUGUUCCUUGUGCUGGUGUCACGGCGAUUAUUUAUUUUUUAAUCUUUCUUCUCAAACAGCUGGAGACAUUAACCAAAAGACCACAUGGCACAGAAUAUCAAUUUUCCGGCCAGGCCUCCGGGAUGUGGCUUAUCAGAAUGUCAAGAAAGGGUAAGGCAAGGCUCUGUGGUUUCUUAAAGCUGCAUGAGUUGGAAUUUCUUUUCAGCUUAAUAAUGGAAACUUGCAAGUUUUGCUUAAUUUAAACAACUAAAUUAACAGUUGUAAGUAGAAGGGGUAAAACAAACACCCACCUCUGGUCAACCUGUGCUCCACCCAUGCUCUCGUUCGAUUGGCUCUACUUGGGUUCCCUUUCCUCAAGCAUGGAAAAUCUUCUACAUGACACCAACAUGCCAGCAACUGAGUGGAGUGACAGCAUUCACUUAGUUCCUAUACUUCCUCCCCAAUAAGUGCAAUGUGUCUACAGGUUCCACUGGUUUCCAUGGUAACUGCCUCACUUGUAGUACUUUAGACUACAUUUGAGAACACUUUUUAUACAUAACACUGUGGGUUUGAAAAUUAAACCUUUUUUUUUUGUUUGUUUGUUUGUUUCGUGGAGGCUGUGCGAUUCACAGUCAGGGGAAGUGGAUAUGGCUGCACAAACUAAGUAAUUUAAGCCCUACAUGACAGAUAGUUGAGCAGUGAGACGGCAGGUGCAAAUAUGUUGUUUCGGUGCUCAGUGUCCCUUUAACUGCUUCGCUUGAUUAUAAAGCAUGACAUACUAUAGUGUUCUUAUAAGAUCUGAUCUGUGCAUUAUGCCCAUAUUGCUGUUAACAAUUGUGCACGUUUAAAGUCUUUUCAUUUGUAAAGCAGCAUUACCAUUUGAUUUAUUUACAUAACUGUUAUAUGUAAAUUUACAAUAGAACUGCUCAGGUUAGUUAUAAAAUCUAGUCAUUGCACUGUCCUAGCAAAAUCGCUUUCACUUCCUGCUACUUUUACAUUCGUACUCUCCCACUCCUUGUGCAUUCACUUACAAUAGCGGGAGGACACAGAUGCAAACUCAUUCUUUGCAGUAAGAAUAUUUCGGUUUUUUUUCUCUCUGCCAGCAGCACAAAGAUAUAAUCUAAAACAUUAAUUGGUCACUCCACACAUGCAUACGUAUUAGGCGCAGUAUGCAUGUUAGGUCAUCGUUAUGCUGGGUAUUUUUUUUCCUUUCUUAUAAAUUAAUUAGGUUUGUGCAAUAAAACUAUUAUUUUGUGCCUCUCCGUCCCACUCUUACUGCACAUGAUGUCAUGGAGUUUCUUUUGGUUGUAGUUAAGCUGUUGGCUUCUGUAGUGAAAAACUGCCCUGUGAAUGCAACUUUCCGCUCAUAAAGCACUGUCUAUGAAAUAAGCUCAACAAUGCUAUAAAAAAAUAAGUGACCAUCAGUGACUUCAUGAUUUAAGCAGAGCUUAUUAAAAAUCCAGCACAGCCUUGAGCUUUGCAGCAAAUGCAGAACUUUUUUUUUAUUCUGUUACAUUUUUUUAGUCUGUUGUUUCAUAUUGUUUUAAUGUACUAUCUAUCUAAUACUUUUAAAAUGUAAUUCACCUUCAGCAUUGUAUGGCAAUGUUAUUCUGUUUAUUUUAAUAGAUUAUUUGCCAUAUGUACAGAAUAAAUGUACUUUUAGUUAAAGACUGGAAAAAAAAUUAAUACAUGUAAUUCAUUGUUCGUUGAUACAAUAAUAUUUACAUACCUUCCGCCCAAAUUUAAUAUUCAGACCUAUUCUAGUAUGUACACAAAAUACAUAUAAAUUUUAAAUAGACUAGAAUUCAUCUGAAUUUUAUAUUUGGGGCAGAAGGGAUGUAAGGGAGAUAUAUUAUAAGCUGUAUGUCACUUUAAAGCAUUAAAGAACCAACACACACUCUCAAUAAUAUUUUUAAUGAAUUGUUGUCUCUCCUCUGUUAGCGCACGUAUAUAUGUAGAAGGAAAAAUUGACUAUGGCGAAUACACAGACAAGAAUAAUGUUCGGAGACAAGCGACCACCAUUAUUGCAGGUGAACAUUUUCUUUGUGUGUUUGAAAGGGGUUCUCUAAAUAAAGUAUUCAAAUUACAGGGGAAAUGAAAUUUGAGAACUAUAAAGGGUAUUAGCUGUAGAUACGAGUGCAGUGCAACUUAAAUGUUUUUGACUUCACUCAAUCUGAACAGCGCUGAAUGACAUCCUUUUCCUGCUGCAUGUUUACACAAUAAUGUUCAAAGAAUUUUAAAUGAUUGUCACAUUUUUUAUAAUCCUGUUUACCUUUUAAUAACAACUGUAAGUGGUGUAGUGUAACUUUUCUGUUAUGAAGCAAACCGUAGAACCUUUGGGAGUUGGUAUGUUGAAUUCUUGUUAUCGACCUGAAAUUCUGUCUGCGCCACAGUAAAGGUUCAACAACUUUUUAGUUAGCUGUAAAAAAUAAACAAACAGAAAAAAACGGGUUCUGAUGAAUAUAACAAUAUUCCUUUGCACAUCAAUAAACAUCCAAUUAUUUAUCUUUUAAUGAAAAUGUAAUUUGUUGCUUGUACAAGUUGCUAUAAAUUCUACUCUUAAAUGCUGACAGCAUGUUGGCCUCCGCAUAUUUAUUUUAUUCGGAAGAAUAAAUAGUAGACUUAUUCUUUUUUUUUUUUUUCUCCCAUUUAUUAAUUUAUUUGCUCUGGGUUUGCAAAGGCCACUCAAAGUAUGCAGUGUACAUUUUGCCAGUAGAGGGCAGAGUAGCACCAUAUAGUCAAGAAUAACUACAAUAGCUUCGGUUGGACUGACGUCAUCAUUCAUCUCUCUAGUGGUAUCAUGUUACACAGCUCCAGCUAGGAGUGUAUGAGUUCCUUCUAGGAUAACCAUUUUACGUCAGUAUGUUCCCCUCCCCCCCCCCAUCAGAGUUUAAACUAUUCAGAACCACAGGCAACACAUAGCAUUACAAUGACUACAUUUAUUACGUGGGUACAUUUCACUGGAUCUGCUUAGUCUGUAAUCCAGCAACACAAUAAGGAACAGGAAUAUUUCUGCAAUCACUGAGUGUAAUCAGAAUCGCUCUGCAUUACAAAUCAUGGCAUUAUUUUUCUUUAAAAUCCUACUACGAAGCAUUAUGAGAAGAACUCACAGUUAAACUUUGAUGAAAGUUUUAUCUGUAAAUUUCCAAUUAAAAUGCAGCUUUAUGUGGUGUGGAAUAACUCAGUUUGGCAUAGUUACUUAUUACUAAGUAUUGCAUGCUUUUUAUUCUUUUAGGACAUAACCUGUCAUUGUUUGUUUAAGUGGUUGCAGCUCUCUCCAUUUCAUACAGUUUGAAUCUAUUUACUUAUUGAUUUUAUUGGAUGUUGUUGAGCCAACCAUAUCCUGAUACCUUACAUACAAUGGAGGGAAACAAUAGUGAUAAUGUUCUAUAUAACUUGUGUCCUUUGACUUUCUAAAACGUGUAGAUUUAUAAUGGAGAUGAAAUUACUAAUUUUAUGGCAGUAACAUUUUAGUGUUACUAUAACACUAGGUUGUUUUGGUUUUUAUGCAUCAUCUUUCUAGUGUAUUAAAAUAGAGGGUUAUUUUUCCCACAAUAGUUUCCCUUUAAGGUACAAUAUGUGUGAAGAAAAAGUCUUAGAAAGACAUAUUUUAUUGGUAAGGGUUAUAAUUAAACCUAUUUAAAUAUUAGGGUUAAUCAUUAUUUUUAUUUUUUUUAAUAGGGUAAAAAAUAACCAAUGUUUUUAGUAGCAUGAAAAUGUAAAAUGUACUAUAAUCACUGCUAUAAAAUUAGUAUUAAGAAUAGGUUGAUUUUUUUUUAAUAUUCCGAUCAGCAAUCUUAAAUAUUAGCAUGUGCUAAAUUAAUAAGUACGGCAACAUUCAGACAGAUCAAACAAUGACUUGUAUCACUCUUGUCAAACAAUUAUUGUGUGGAUGUUUGUUCCUUGAGAAUGAUAUUCUUAAUUUUUUUCCUUGCAGAUAAUAUCAUUUUCCUCAGUGACCACAGAGACAAAUUAUGAUGACCUUGUAUUUGAUUUCUCCACUUCCUUUGUAUUCAAUACCUCCCUUCCUAAGUAUUAUGUCCAAUUAAUAGCAUUGUUUUCUUCUUUAGAGAAAUAAACUAUAGUCUUUUCUAUAGCAUA